GGACGGCCGGCUGGAUGGCGGCUGAGGGGAGCGUCCCGCGGCGCGUUUCCCGAGAAAGCUGAACCCGUCCCAAGUUUCCUGCGCUUCGGUUUGAAACCAGAGACUUGGUGGCCGGCUCCUUCCGUGCGGGUGGUCGUUGAGCGCGGGAGUGACGCGAAGGUGUCUGGAUUAAUCCGCCCGGGAAGCAGCCCGGAUUUGCGCCCCGGCCCCCGCGCUUUUCUCCCGAGAAAGGGCGGGUAAGUGGCGCUCAGUGGCGUCCCGCGCCACAGCCGGGUGACCGCUGGGGUCGGAGCUGGCGUGUGUGCGAGACGUGCCAGGUUGUUCGGAGAAGGGUUCCGUAACUUUUUCCCUGCUAGGAAACCUUAGGGGUUGACCCGAGGCCUCGCCAUGGACGGCGAGAGCGAAGUGGAUUUUUCUAGCAACAGAUUAACCCCUUUAUGGCGGAGGCGGUCGACCCCUGAACCCCAGCUGGUGGGCCGGAGCAAACCGAGGCCACAGUCCUACCAGAGCCCCAGCGGGUUGCUGAUCACGGACUUCCCGGUGGAGGAGCUGGGGACGCUGCCCGCGGCGCAGACGCCCGCCCAGCUGCCCGCCUCGUCGGACGGCGGGACGGUACAGAGAAGCCCCCUCUUUCUUUGCGCCCAUGGGGGCGCGGUGACCAAUGGGCGGACGGUCUCUCCGGAAUACAGAGCUGCUUCUCCUGGACCCCGACGGUCCAAGUCACCCCAAGUCCCCAAAGUGGCUUUCGGCGGCUCCCCGAAGUCUCGGGCAAAUGGCACGGUGAACCCUGCCCCUACGCUGCCACUGAGCACCCCUCGGACUCCUGCGGUCGCAGCGCCCUGCAGCCCUGAGGACCCCACCGGAGUGACUGCCAGCCGGGUGCCUUCACCCACUGUCAAUGGUCUUGCCUCCAAAAACGAUUCCGCUGGCUCCUGUUCUCAGUCUGCGGAGACAGCCAAGGACCCAGAACGGAGGCCUUCGGGACUCUGUAAUGUGUCCCAGAAAACGCCUUUGGAACAAAACCUCCCCCUCCAAAGGCUGCCCUCGCGGGAGAACGAACUACCGGAAAACCCUUCCGUGGUUUUGAGUACAAACAGCCCUGCUGCCCUCAAAGUGGGGAAGCAGCAGAUCAUUCCGAAGAGCCUAGCCUCAGAAAUUAAAUUAAGUAAAUCCACCAAUCAGAAUGUGGAGCCCCAUAAGAGACUCCUCAAGGUGCGCAGCAUGGUGGAGGGCUUCGGAGCACCCCUGGGUCCGACGGGGGAAGAGAGGGAGGUCGACAAUGACCUGGAUAGCCCCGGGUCUCUGCGGCGAGGCCUGCGGUCCACGUCCUAUCGCAGGGCUGUGGUCAGUGGCUUUGAUUUUGACAGCCCUAACAGCUCCAAGAAGAAGAACAGGAUGUCCCAGCCUGUCCUGAAAGUGGUGAUGGAAGACAAGGAAAAGUUUUCCAGCCUGGGAAGGAUAAAGAAAAAAAUGCUGAAAGGACAAGGAACAUUUGAUGGGGAAGAAAAUGCUGUCUUAUAUCAAAACUACAAAGAAAAGGCCCUUGACAUUGACUCUGAUGAAGAGUCGGAGCUCAAAGAGCAGAAGUCAGAGGAAAAAAUUGUGAUUCACCAUAAGCCGCUGAGAUCUACGUGGGGCCAGCUCUCUGCAGUGAAAAGAAAUGGGUUGUCUCAAACAGUGAGCCAGGAAGAGAGGAAGAGACAAGAGGCAAUCUUUGAAGUCAUAUCGUCUGAACAUUCAUAUUUACUAAGCUUGGAGAUCUUGAUUCGAAUGUUUAAAAAUUCUAAGGAACUAAGUGAUACAAUGACUAAAACUGAGAGACACCAUCUUUUCUCCAAUAUUACAGAUGUCUGUGAGGCGAGCAAAAAAUUCUUUACAGAGUUGGAAGCGAGGCAUCAGAAUAAUAUCUUCAUAGAAGAUAUAAGUGAUAUUGUAGAAAAACACACAGCAUCCACAUUUGAUCCCUAUGUGAAAUACUGCACAAAUGAAGUCUACCAACAGCGAACACUACAGAAAUUGUUAGCCACCAAUCCCUCCUUUAAGGAAGUGCUGUCUCGGAUCGAGUCCCAUGGAGACUGCAGGAACCUGCCCAUGAUCUCUUUUCUCAUUCUCCCCAUGCAGAGGGUGACCCGCCUUCCCCUGCUGAUGGACACUAUCUGUCAAAAAACACCUAAGGAUUCUCCAAAGUAUGAAGUCUGCAAAAGGGCCUUAAAGGAAGUAAGCAAGUUGGUUCGGCUGUGCAAUGAAGGAGCCCGAAAGAUGGAGAGGACCGAGAUGAUGUACACCAUUAACUCCCAGCUGGAAUUUAAAAUUAAGCCUUUUCCUCUAGUCUCCUCCUCCCGGUGGUUGGUGAAAAGAGGUGAGCUGACAGCUUACGUAGAAGACACUGUGCUUUUCUCGAGGAGGACAUCCAGACAGCAAGUCUACUUCUUUCUCUUUAACGACGUCCUCAUUAUCACCAAGAAGAAGAGUGAAGAAAGCUACAAUGUCAAUGAUUAUUCCUUAAGAGAUCAGCUCUUGGUGGAAUCUUGUGACAAUGAAGAGCUUAAUUCCUCUCCAGGGAAGAACAGUUCCACGAUGCUUUCUUCGAGACAGAGCUCAGCCAGUCAUCUCUUUAUUCUGACAGUCCUGAAUAACCAUGCGAAUGAGAAAGUGGAAAUGCUGCUAGGGGCAGAGACACAGAGUGAGCGAGCCCGCUGGAUAACUGCCCUGGGACACAGCAGUGGGAAGCAGCCUCCAGACCGAACCUCACUGACCCAGGUGGAAAUCGUUAGGUCAUUCACAGCCAAGCAACCAGAUGAGCUGUCCCUGCAGGUGGCAGAUGUGGUGCUCAUUUAUCAGCGUGUUGGAGAUGGCUGGUACGAGGGGCAACGACUUCGAGAUGGAGAAAAGGGCUGGUUCCCUAUGGAGUGUGCCAAGGAGAUAACAUGUCAAGCUACAAUCGACAAGAACGUGGAGAGAAUGGGCCGUCUGCUGGGACUGGAGACCAAUGUGUAACCUCCGAGACAGCAUUUUGUUACUGCGAGAUUUGCACGACAGAGUAGUGGGCUGGUUGUACUGUUAACUUCAUCCGCGCUUAUUUAAUUAAAAGAAAUAAAAAACAUUUGCCUUUAAGCUUGCCAAGAUGUACUGCUCUCCGAAGAACAGCUAACUAGUUCACAAAACUCAGUUCUUCCGUGAUCUCUUGGUGAACCUCCUUGGGUCCACCAAGCUGCUCACUUCAGGGAUCAGGCAGUCUCAGCACCUCCUACUUUCGCUGCAUUUUGACAUAAAAUAUAUAUAUUGCUGUAUUGGUUUUCUCAGUCCUCAUUUUACUAAGAACAUUACAGUUCCCCCUUAAACAUCUGUGUGGUUUUCCAAGUGUUAGCAAAAUUUUGUCUUUAAGGAAUGCCUAGUUUUGUAAAUAAUUUUUCUUUUGUUUUAACAUCUGAUUCUAAUGCUAUGUUAAUUUCAGAAGGAAAUGAUGAGAGUUCAGAAGUGAGCAGUCAUGUUUUCCUAAAUCUCUUCCCAGGAAAGAGACAUCGACACUUGAAUUUUUGCUCCCAUUUUCCUCAUUAAAUGGAAAAUAAGGAGUCUUUCCUUUAAGGAUUUUUUUUUUAAAUCCAUCUCAUUCAAUAUUGGUUUUUGAUAAAUGUAGCCUAAUACAUCUAAGCUACUUUAACAUAGAAUUUAACGUAGAAUCUCUUCACAUAUGAAGAAAAUGCUGAACAUAGGAUAGGGUCCUGACUGUUUUUUUUUUUUUAGUAUUCCCAAGUGAGCUGAGAAGCUGAGAAAAUACUGACAUGAGCUGCUUUGCCUCCCCUGCCAUUAAGUUUAUUGGUCCAUUUAAA